AUGUCUCUAGAUGAGAAGGAAAGGGAAUUGGGCGAGUGCGUACGACAACGACGUGCUACGUGGUUAUACAUGCAUCAUACAUAUGCAGCCCAUGCGGGGUACUUCCUGUUUAUGACAAUGGCCAUCCAGGCCAAUGAUCCCAACAAUAUCUCUGGUUUAGAAGGAAAAGAGACGAACCACAGAGCAACGGCGCUCCUUGUGCUGAUCAUCAUUAUCAGCGAAGCGCUCACUUGUCGCUCCUCCCUGCCCGUGCGGGUGGUGUUCCAGCUAUACAAAGCAAAGCAACGAGAAGAGAAGCAGGAGAACAGUAAUAGAGAUAUAGGCAAAAUUGAUAUCUAA